CAAUUCUUAAAACUAUAUUAUUGAUAUUAUUUUUUGUAGCACCAUGUCUGCAACUGCAUUGUUUGGUAACACAUCGGCUCUUGGAGGGAGUUCGGGAGGAAAUAAGCAUCUAGUAGAGUUCCGUGCCGGCAGAAUGACACUUAAAGGUCGGAUGGUUCACCCAGACAAAAGGAAGGGCCUGCUAUACGUUUACCAGGGUGAGGACUCAUUGAUGCAUUUCUGCUGGAAGGACCGUACUACUGGGGAAGUAGAAGAUGAUCUCCUGAUCUUCCCUGAUGAUUGCGAAUUUGCAAGAGUCAAUGAAUGCACUACGGGCCGAGUGUAUGUUUUGAAAUUCAAAUCCUUUUCAAAGAAGUAUUUCUUUUGGAUGCAGGAGCCUAAGACAGAUAAGGAUGAUGACCUAUGCCGUCGCAUCAAUGAGGCACUGAACAACCCGCCAACAUCUGGGGGACGUGGUGGUGGCAGUGGCAGCGGCGCACAGGAUGGCGAGCUGCAGAACCUGCUCAAUAACAUGUCCCAGCAACAGCUCAUGCAGCUAUUUGGAGGGGUCGGACAAAUUGGUGGAUUGUCCUCUCUUCUAGGAACUAUGGGGAACAACAGCAGCAGCGGCGGCACAGGCGGGUCGCGCUCGUCGGGCAGCGGCGGCAGCUCGCGCGGGGGCAGCGCCGCGCGGCAGGAGGCGCCGCGCGCGCCCGCCCGCCCGCGCGACUCCGCGCCCGGCACGCCGCCCAACACCGCCGCCGCCGCCACCCCCGCCGCCGCCACUGCUGCCACCGGCGCGCAGCCCCGUAGUGGCCAAAUAUUCUUGUCCGAUUUGCAACGUUACUUUUCUGGUCUGGGCACGGCGCCGGAGGGCGCGGCGACGUUGGGCGCGGCGACGGCGACGGCGCCCCGCGUGGACCUGGCGGCGGCGCUGGCCGAGCCCGACGUGCUGGCGGCCGUGGCCGCGCCGCCGCGAGCCGCGCGCCUGCAGCCGCACCUGCCGCACCAGGCGCAGGACGAUGUAAGGACUACCCUGCUCUCCCCGCAGUUCGCGCAGGCGGCGAACCAGUUCUCUUCAGCUCUGAACUCGGGCCAGAUGGGCCCCGUGAUGACGCAGUUCGGUCUCUCGCCCGAGGUCGCCUCGGCCGCCAACACCGGCGACAUGCAGGCCUUCUUCCGCGCCCUCGAGAACAACUCCUCCGCCACUUCAGACACUAAAUCCGAAGAGAAAACCGAGGAAAAGCCGAAAGAGGAUAAGAAUAAUGAAAAAAAAGAUGGCGACGCCGGCAUGUCGCUAGAUUAAUUCGUUGUGUAAUGUGAUGUGUGCUGCAAAUAAUUUACUUUCGGUUGAACUGCGUAUAGUAUUAGUUUUAAUUUGAAGUUCACUUGUCGCUUUCGAAAAUAAAAGAAUGCCUAUUCAAUAAAUAA